GCCAUUUCUCCCCAAGUCACGUUCUUUUUGUUGUGAACAUUUUCCGCUUCUAACAAGACCUCGAGUCCUGCUGGAACAACAUUUCCAAGGCUCGCAAUUGCAGGCUCCCGCAACGCGCCUAUCAUGGAGCCAGAUCCGGGCGAACCUUUAUGGCAAUACCCGGCUACUUCUCCUGACGAUCCGGCAUCAUUGCCGUCUGCCAGUCAGCCUGGGUCCCUGCCAGCCGCUAUGUGGUACUACGACAUUGCGGCUCCCCAGCAGCCCUCGGCCUGGAGCACAUACCAAGCCGCUUCCAACGCCAUGACGUAUGCGCCAUUCGACGGUUACACAGAGCCGAGUUCUGCGCAGCCAGUCUUUCAGUCCUCGCCGGCCCAAUCAACCAUUGCCGACCCUUAUUCGGCAUGGGCCAGCUCUUCUGCGUGGCCUCAGGCAAAUACGGCCGACGGCAUUUUCUCGCCGGCUUUCGCAGGCUAUCAAGACCAAAGAGCCGCCAUUGGCGUGAACCCGCAAUUCAUCCCGAGUUUUGCGCCAGUCGCAGGCCCGUCGUCUUACAGCUCCGACUCGGCGAUAAUCCCUCCCGACGCCACCAGUUACUUAAACGCCCAAGCCACGUCUCCUCUGGACGCGGCCUCGGGAUGGGGCGACAGCGGCGGCGGCGGCAGCAGCAGCGGCAGCAGCAGCAGCAGCGGGAACGAGCAGCCGGGGAACGAGCAGCCGAGCGCGGGCAACAGCUCCAAAGGCAAAGGGAAGCAGCCGGUUGACGCGCGCGAGCGCAACCGGCUAGCCGCAAGCAGGCAGCGGCAGCGGGACGGCGUCAGGGAGAGUGAGAUCAAGCGCCAGGCGGUGGCGGUCACGGCGGAGCACGAGCGGCUCAGGGCCGAGAAGGCGCGCCUGGUCGGCGUUCGCCACACGCUCACCUGCCAACUGGCACGCCACAGGCCCGGCGACUGCAACUGCGAGCUGAUUCACCGUUAUGUCGCGGUCAAGGGGCUGGAGGACUACGAGAAGAAGACCCCGCCUCCCGCUGAGUGA